GCUCUUACAGAUAACUUUGAGAACUGGACUCAACAACCAACUUGAAGCCCAUUGUUUGUCCGGGAAAAAAAACAUUCGACAAGUGUUUCACAAAGAGGCACAUUUCAUGUGGACAUUCUAUGUUCUCUGAUACAGCGACAUAAUGCACGAAAUUAUCACGCUGCAGCUCGGGCAGCAGAGCAAUUAUCUAGCCACGCAUUUCUGGAAUACCCAGGAAUCAUAUUUUACAUAUUCCGAGGAUCAAGAGCCAGCCAUUAACCAUGAUAUCCACUGGCGUCCCGGCAUCGGUGCGGAUGGCACCGAAACCUACAUGCCGCGGACCGUCAUUUACGAUCUGAAGGGUGGCUUUGGGUCCAUGGCAAAGACGAAUGCGCUGUAUAACGACCUUGAGGAGGGACAGACGCCUCAAGCAUUGUGGAAUGGACCAACCGUACUCCAAAAACAGCCCGCCAUCCCACAAUCCGCCUAUCAACAAUCCCUCGACGCCGGCCUCGAGCCCCCUCCCCUCACCACGGACACCGUCCGCUACUGGUCUGAUUUCAACCGGGUCUUCUACCACCCGCGCUCCGUUGUCCAGCUGAACGAGUACGAGCUCAACUCGUCCAUCAUGCCAUUCGAGCGCUACGCGACGGGCGAGGACCUGUUUGCGUCGCUGGACAAGGAACAUGACCUUCUUGAUCGGGACCUGCGGCCUUUUAUCGAAGAGGCCGACCAGAUGCAAGGGAUCCAAGUCAUGACAGGCCUGGACGACGCCUGGGGCGGGUUUGCGGCAAAAUACCUGGAGAGGAUACGAGAUGAGUACGGCAAGACAGCCAUGUUUGUUUGGGGCAGCGAGCAGGAGUCGGCGAUAAGGGUUGGGGGAUUGAGCAGGGAGAAGAGACUGCUGAGACUGGCGAAUAAGGCGAGGACGAUGACGGAGGUGUAUAAGUAUGCAAGCGUUGUCGUGCCGUUUACGGUGCCUGCGACGCUGCCGGGGAGUGUGGUGCUGGAUGCGGGCUCGCAGUGGCAUAAUACUGCGCUGUCGGCGGCGGCGAUAGAGAGCGUCACGCUUCCGUCGCGGCUGAGGGAUCCGGCGAACAGGGAUACGAUGGGUACGCUGGCUGAUACGCUCAAUGCGAUGGGGAAGCAGAAUGUGGCUAGCUUGGGGAUGAGCUUUGCUCCAGAGCCGACGGAGGAGGAAGAUGUAGUCAUGGAAGGAACGCAGGAUUUCAGGCAGAGGCAGUUGCUCAACCAGAAGUCGAGUAGACAUGCGGCUGUGAUGGCGAAGGAGAACCCGGAGGGAGUGUUUCUCGAUAUUAACUUUACUCCCACCGAUCAGUUGGACUAUGUCCGUCGCGGUGGUGGCGGCGGCGAUGAUGACAGACCGAGGGUGUUCAGCCAGGUGCUUACCUCGAGAGGUUAUGAGGUUGAUGAGCAGGCGCAGGAAGCCAAGGAGGCUGAGGAGGACGAGAGGUUCCGCAGGAGGAGCUCGUACGAGACUGUUAUGAGAAGUUAUCACACCCCCCUUCGCUUCCCUCUUCUAGACAGCUUCCCUCAGAUCUUCAGGGAUGACAGUGGUGAGCCACUGAAGAGAGGAGGAGCGAUCAAUGUCACUAGCAGUCUGUCUACGGAUGCUUCAGUGCACAAGAGGCUGAAGUCGUUGAGGACUACGGUUGGUCGGUCGAUUGGAUUGGAGGAUAGGGAACAGCUUGGAAACGAGCUGGCGGAGAUGGCUGAUGAAUAUCAUGAGGGGUGGUCGAGUGGAAGUGAUGAUGGAGAUGACGAUUGAUCGGUCGACGCAGCAAUCAACAACGUGUUCAAGUGUGAAGCAGACAAGACGAU